AUGAAGUACCUGGAGAAUACCACUACUAUUGUAAAACCAAAUGGGAAGAAAAAUGGCCUUACGAAAUCGUCUAGUGAAUGUAUCAAUUAUUCCUUGUGUGAGGGCGCUGACUGCAACGCAAGGGCAGAUUUGCAGGAGGGAGGCGCUAGCUGCCCUUGUUCACCACCGCUAGCUGCGGAAAGAAUGGGUUGUGAACAGCAAAAAUACGCCGCAUCAUCUCUUGGAGAUGGACAACAUAGAGGAAAACGCGGGCGCGGUGGCGAAGUUAGUAACGGGAACUGCGAGAAUGUUUUACCUGAAGCAUCUCCGUGUGUGAGCGCGGAGGUAUCAGCUUCUUCAAUUGUUCACAGUGCUGUCGCCGUGGGAGCAUCCCCCGUCACACUUGAGUCGAGGAAAGAGACGGAACGGAGGGGUAAACGCAUAAGUUGGCACGACGACGAAAACGGUGGCGUGGAGUCUGACUCUUUGAGCUCAUCGUCCCUCCGCUCGGGUGCUAAGAGGAGAAUUGACAACAUGUUCAUUUACCCGAGGGAACAACUUAGUUUACCCAAGGUAAUUACAGAAAAUACACCCUACUGCGAAAGGCAAAACGACGAUGGAACAUCUUACAUCUCGUACAAGCUUCAGGGCCCUUCCCGUCGUUUCACAAUGUGGAGACAACGACCGGUAUCAGGAGAUUGUGAAGGUAGAAAGGAAUCGAAAUUUGAGGAUCAACCAUGUGGUAAUCGACCGCACAAAAGGAUUAACUCGCUAUUUUCAUCCAUAUAUGAAUCGUACGAUCCCAAAUCUGAUGAGCAAACUGUGCAGCUGCGUAUAGCAACGUUUGAUGAGGAAUCUGAGGUUAAUGGCGCUUUGUGCGCUGGUAAUUUGCAGAUGCCGUUUGCAUGCGUGUCGCGUAUCACUAACGACCCAGUGCCAAUUCCGCUUGCGCCUUCAACUGAACCAAAGAACGCUCAAGUAAAUGGGCAACACAGUUAA